UCAACCCGCUAUCAUGCCCAGCCAGCCACCGUCUAAGCCCAAAUCUGCACCUAUGCCCUUUAUACAGCAUUCUGCCACAGGGCUGGAUGUCAGCUACUUUGACGUCCUGGCUUGUAACCAAGACCACAAGCAAUGGCGCAUGAAAGUGAGAAAUACUCAAAACACGCCUGUGACACGACAUGCACAAGGACAAACAACUUGGUGCACAUAUUGCCUGUCGAGACUGUCGGCGUCGUCACUAUGGAAGAGUCCUCAAUGUCAGGCUCAACAAAAGCCAGAGUACCUGUACCGAAGGCAGACACUAGCUGGGCGGCAUAUGGAAUACUUCUCGCCACAAUUUCUUCAGAAGGACUCCUUUUCGGAAUCUCUUUAUCCUUCGGCGUCUUCCAAGACUACUACUCCAACACCUUGAAAUUCAACGACCAGUCUUCAUGGAUUGGUGUCCUCAGCGCAGGAGCACCCUUCCUGGGCGCCCCUCUCAUCACAUACUCGACCCAGGCUUUAGCCAUCCCGCUACAAUAUUACAUAUUUUUGGGAUGGGUGCUAUGUUUUGGAGGACUAUUGAGCAGUGCCUUUUGCCAUUCCCUCAGCGCGAUCAUCGCGACUCAAGGCUUAAUGUAUGGUCUGGGUAUGUUGAUGUUGGAGAUGCCCGUUUUGAUCAUUUUCAACACUUGGUUUGUCCGCAAACGAGGCCUUGCCUUUGGGAUCCUCUGUGGUCUUACUGACCUAUCUGGCGUUGGUUGGACCUUCCUGGCCAGCAAUCUGUUACACCACCAUGGGAUGAGAACAACAUUUCUUGUCUUAGCCGCCAUUAGCUUUUUUAUUCCGGGCACUGCCCUUUGUUUCAUCCGACGACGACCUUCCGCAAAGGAGUCACUAUCAAUAACCCCUCCCAAUGAAGACGUCCCAAGUCAUACAAAUGUCCCAGAGGAAGACUCACCAACAUGCUUGCCACCAUACUAUCGACGAAUGUCCUUCUACACCCUUAUGGCUACCAACCUUCUACAAUCACUUGCGUUCUAUCUACCUUUUAUCUAUCUUCCUUCGUACACGACAAUGCUUGGCUAUACAGCAUCUAGAGGUACGAUCGUUCUCGCUGUGGCCAAUCUUGCUCAAGUGAUUGGCGAGAUUGGUUUUGGCAGCCUGUCCGACAAAGUAAACGUCCAUUGCUUGGUGGUGACAUCUGCCCUAAUGGCUUGUCUCUCGACGUUCUUUCUCUGGGGCUUCGCGAACUCACUGGCGUUUCUGGUCGUCUUCGCACUCUUAUUCGGCUGUUUUGGCAGUGGAUUCAUUGCUCUAUGGCCUCGAAUGGGGACAAUGUUCGCCGAGAAAGAUGCCAGCAUGAUUUAUAGCCUCAUGUGCCUUGGUCGUGGAAUUGGUUCAAUCGCGUCUGGGCCGAUCAGUGCCGCGGUGCUGCCUGGUCUCCAAACCACCUCCAAACCCUUAUCUGCGCAUGAGCACUUCAGACCAGUUAUCCUUUUUGUUGGAGCCUGUAUGGCAGCUAGUGCGGCACUGGGAUCUGGUGGGUGGAUGGCAUAUCUGUUCAAAAAGAGACGCUCCAUGUCCAAGGGUCACGACGAAGAACUGAUCCCCUAG